CGGCGCGGCGGCCUCGCGGUGCCUAGGCUCGGGUGGCCGGGCGGUGUAUCGCUCAGUCGCUCGGAGCCGGGCGGCGGCAGGAUGAACAGCAUCAAGAACGUACCGGCGCGGGUGCUAAGCCGCAGGCCGGGCCACAGCCUGGAGGCCGAGCGCGAGCAGUUCGACAAAACCCAGGCCAUCAGCAUCAGCAAAGCCAUCAACAGCCAGGAGGCCCCUGUGAAGGAGAAACAUGCCCGGCGCAUCAUUCUGGGUACACACCACGAGAAGGGAGCCUUCACCUUCUGGUCCUAUGCCAUUGGUCUCCCGCUGCCCAGCAGUGCCAUUCUCAGCUGGAAGUUCUGCCACGUCCUCCACAAGGUCCUACGUGAUGGACACCCCAACGUACUACAUGACUGCCAGCGGUACCGGAGCAACAUUCGGGAGGUCGGAGAUCUGUGGGGGCAUUUGCACGACCGAUAUGGACAGCUGGUGAACAUCUACACCAAACUGUUGCUGACCAAGAUCUCCUUCCACCUCAAGCACCCCCAGUUCCCUGCGAGCCUGGAGGUGACAGAUGAGGUGCUGGAGAAGGCGGCUGGCACUGACGUCAACAACAUCUUCCAGCUCACCGUAGAGAUGUUUGAUUACAUGGACUGUGAGCUGAAGGUCUCUGAAUCAGUGUUCCGGCAGCUUAACACAGCCAUCGCCGUGUCCCAGAUGUCCUCGGGCCAGUGCCGCCUGGCCCCACUCAUCCAGGUCAUCCAAGACUGCAGCCCCCUGUACCACUACACGGUGAAGCUGCUGUUCAAGCUGCACUCCUGUCUCCCAGCGGACACUCUACAAGGCCACAGGGACCGGUUCCAUGAGCAGUUUCACAGCCUCAGAAACUUCUUCCGCAGAGCCUCCGACAUGCUCUACUUCAAGCGCCUCAUCCAGAUCCCCCGGCUGCCUGAGGGACCCCCCAACUUCCUACGGGCCUCAGCCCUGGCUGAGCACAUCAAGCCCGUGGUAGUGAUUCCUGAGGAGACCCCAGAGGAUGAGGAGCCGGAGAAUCUCAUUGAGAUCAGCACUGGGCCCCCUGCCGGGGAGCCAGCGGUGAGCCUCCUGUCUGGCUCCUCCUCUUCCCCCCUCAAGCUUCCCUCUACCCCCCACCUGGAUGGUCACUGUGCUUUGCUAUGGCAGGUGGUGGCUGACCUCUUUGACCAGACGUUUGGACCCCCCAAUGGGCCUUUGAAGGAUGACAGGGAUCUCCAGAUCGAGGCCUUAAAGAGGGAGGUGGAGAUGCUUCGUGGGGAGCUGGAAAAGAUCAAGCUGGAGGCCCAACGCUACAUCUCGCAGCUAAAGGGCCAGGUCAACUCUCUGGAGGCUGAGCUGGAGGAGCAGCGGAAGCAGAAGCAGAAGGCCCUGGUAGAUAAUGAGCAGCUCCGCCAUGAGCUGGCGCAGCUGAGAACCGCCCAGCAGGAAGGCGAGCGGAGCCACAGCCUGCGAGAGGAGGCCGAGAGGAGGGCCAGUGCCACGGAGGCGCGCUACAGCAAGCUGAAAGAGAAGCACAGCGAGUUGGUCAGCAUACACGCGGAGCUGCUGCGGAAGAAUGCAGACACAGCCAAGCAGCUGACGGUAACACAGCAGAGCCAGGAGGAGGUGGCACGGGUGAAGGAGCAGCUGGCCUUCCAGAUGGAGCAGGUGAAGCGGGAGUCCGAGCUGAAGCUGGAGGAGCAGAGUGACCAGCUGGAGAAGGUCAAGAGGGAGCUGGAGGCCAAGGAUGGAGAGCUGGCCCACAUGCAGGAGUCCCUGAGACGCAUGGAGCAGAGUGGGUCAGAGCUGAGCUCGCGGUUGGAGGUGCUGAGCGCAGAGAAGGACACGCUGACUGGGGCAGUGCGGCAGCGGGAAGCUGACCUGCUGGCGGCCCAGAGCCUGGUACAAGAGAAGGAGGCGGCGCUGAGCCAGGAGCAGCAGCACAGCUCCCGGGAGAGGAGCGAGUUACAAGGGCGGCUGGCAGAGAAGGAGUCACAGGAGCAGGGGCUGCGACAGAAGCUGCUGGACGAGCAGUUUGCGGUGCUCAGGGGUGCUGCUGCUGAGGCCAAGGCCAUCCUGCAGGACGCUGUGAGCAAGCUGGAUGACCCCCUGCACCUGCGCUGCACCAGCUCUCCGGACUACCUGGUGAGCAGAGCCCAGGCAGCCUUGGACUCUGUGAGUGCCCUGGAAGAGGGUCAUACCCAGUACCUCACCUCUUUGGCAGACGCCUCCGCCCUGGUGGCAGCCCUGACUCGCUUUUCCCACCUGGCUGCGGACACUAUCAUCAAUGGCAGUGCCACCUCCCACCUGGCACCCACUGACCCUGCUGACCGCCUGAUGGACACCUGCAGAGAGUGUGGGGCCCGGGCACUGGAGCUCAUGGGGCAGCUGCAGGACCAGCAGGCUGUGCAGCAGGCACAGCCCGGCCUGGUGCGGAGCCCACUGCAGGGCAUCCUCCAGCUGGGCCAGGAGCUAAAACCUAAGAGCCUAGACGUGAGGCAGGAGGAGCUGGGGGCCAUGGUUGACAAGGAAAUGGCAGCCACAUCUGCAGCUAUUGAAGAUGCUGUGCGUAGGAUCGAGGACAUGAUGAACCAGGCCCGCCACGCCAGCUCGGGGGUAAAGCUGGAGGUGAAUGAGAGGAUCCUCAACUCCUGCACCGACCUGAUGAAGGCGAUCCGGCUGCUUGUGAUGACGUCUACCAGCCUGCAGAAGGAGAUCGUGGAGAGCGGCAGGGGGGCGGCCACGCAGCAGGAAUUCUAUGCCAAGAACUCACGCUGGACAGAAGGCCUCAUCUCGGCCUCCAAGGCUGUGGGCUGGGGAGCCACACAGCUAGUAGAGUCGGCUGACAGGGUGGUGCUGCACAUGGGCAAGUAUGAAGAGCUCAUCGUCUGUUCCCACGAGAUCGCAGCCAGUACUGCCCAGUUGGUGGCGGCCUCCAAGGUGAAGGCCGACAAGCACAGCCCUCACCUGAGCCGCCUGCAGGAGUGUUCCCGCACCGUCAACGAGAGGGCUGCCAACGUGGUGGCCUCUACCAAGUCAGGCCAGGAGCAGAUUGAGGACAGAGACACUAUGGACUUCUCUGGCCUGUCCCUCAUCAAGCUGAAGAAGCAGGAGAUGGAGACUCAGGUGCGUGUCCUAGAGCUGGAGACAAGGCUGGAGGCUGAGCGCAUGCGACUCGGGGAGCUACGAAAGCGGCAUUAUGCGCUAGCUGGAGUGGGGGCAACGCCCAGUGAGGAGGAGCCUGGCAAGCCCAGCACUGCCCCUCGAAGUGCUACCACCAAGAAGCCACCCCUGGCCCAGAAGCCCAACGUGGUCCCCAGACAGGAACACCAGGUGCCGGGCAUCAGUGCUGGGCUGGGGGGGAUGCCCCCACCAUGGGCAGCAUGCUCAACACAAAGGAUGGUGUCUACCCAGCUCAACUCGUGAACUACUAGGUCCUUUAGGGGUCUGGCAGGCCAGCUGGUGGGCACGUCUGGGCCUCCUGUGGCCAAGGGGCCUCGUCCCUACACCUGGUGCCUGAGCCCCUAGCCCAGGUCAGUGUCCUCAAUGCCCUUGGCUGGGCCUGGGCUGUAUGGAUUGUUCUUCAGGAUGUGAGUCUAUUCACCUCCAGAAGGAGCUUGGGAGAGAAUCCAGGACCCAGGAGGCCUGAGCCAACAACUCUUCAGGAAAUAUACGGAACAUUUUUAAUAUUCUGCGUUAGAGCUUUUCUUCUAAGUUUAUAGUCAGCCCACUGGGAAACAGGGCUACUUGAGUGGCCCCUGCCUUCUGGACACAGUCUCUGGCCUUAGGGCACUGAUUCCACGAGGCCCUCAGGCCUUAGUAGAUGAGGCUCUGGGGUGGUCUGUAGGGUGCUUCUUCCUGGGCCACCAUAGGGCAGCCCUGAUGUGAGUCCCUAGGGGAGCGGAGGCUAGAAGUGGCUGCUAUCUGGGGAGCAAGGCAGGGAGGCAGGUGGAUGUCCCCUGCAGGCAGCUGGCCCAGGUACUGCCUUGAAUCUGCAGCCACCCCCGUUUCCUAUUUUCCGUUCCCCUGAUCUGGCUGCCUCUGCUCUGACCCUCCCCAUUGCCCAUUUCCACCCCUGGGUCCUCUAGCUCAGCUAGAGCAGCCCAGGAAUCAGGGUGGUUUGUGGCUGGGGAGGGUUAGCCCAGCCUUGUCUGCCACUGACAGAUUUGAAGGAAUGUAUCCUGAGCCCAAGGAGAGUGGCUGUAGGGAUAGGGACUGGGCUGAGAGGGCAGAGCCAGCACUAGGCUAGGCAAGCACCCUGCCCCCCGCAGCCCUUCUCACCAUCUUUCUGCCCCGUGCCCUCGUGUUGAGUAUUCCGUUGGCAAUAAAAUGCACUUUGACUGUUGUCACCAAUGUUUCA